CUAGCAACACGAACAAAAGGGCAACCAGAUGACCGAGGAAGUAUAGCGCCAGGUGAGCCUGGAGGCCAGACACAAAUCUGCAUUUGAGGACUAGCGCAGGCGGCACAAUGUUUACUGUUCCUCAAAGCUCCAAGUCCGACUUCCUGGACAAAGCCAGGCAGGCCAGGGAGGAGAGGAGAGGACAGAAGGACAAGGAGAAGGCAGCAACCAACAUCCAAGCCCUGAUCAGGAGGUUUCUCUGUCGCUGCAGACUCCAGAAGCAAAUAAGAAAAGAGGUUGAUGACUAUUUUCAAGCCUCUGAAGCUGGGACGUCAAAAAGAAAUGCACUGUCAAUUUUCAAAAUUGCACGGAAAUUGCUGUUUAUAUACCAGCUAGAGGAUAAAAUGCGGUUCGAAAAGCUCUGUCGUGCUAUCCUUGCCAGCAUGGAGGUUGAAAAUGAACCUAAAGUCUGGUAUGUUUCGUUAGCUCUCUCCAAAGACCUCACCAUCCCCUGGCUCAAACAGAUAAAAGAUGUGCUGUGGCUCUGCUGUCAGCGACUGAAGAGUUUAAAGCCCGACAUACUUCAGGACAAUAAGAUGAUAACGCUGUACCUCACCAUGCUGGUGACCUUCACAGACACUUCGACCUGGCGGAUAGUCAGAGGGAAGGGAGAAGCUCUCAGACCCGCUUUGACAAGGAUUUGUGAAAAUAUCAUGGGCCAUCUCAAUCAAAAGGGAUUCUAUUCAAUUCUGCAGAUCUUGCUGACAAAUGGCUUGGCUCGCUCUAAACCGUCUCUCUCCAAGGGCACCCUGACCGCUGUCUUCACUUUGUCAUUAAGGCCAGUCAUUGCUGCCCAUUUCUCCGACAACCUGCUGAGAUCAUUCCUCAUUCACAUCAUGUCAGUUCCAGCCAUCGUCUGCCACCUCAGUGUCCUCACUCCAGAGUGCAUGGCUUCCAUCCAAACGCACGACCUGCUGCGGAAGUUCAUUCUGUUUCUCAGCCGGGAAGAGCAGUGUUUGGACAUCUGUGUGUGUCUUGAGGGGAGCCACACUCUCUGCUUACUUGGCAACUUGAUUCAUCUGGGCUUCCUUAAUGAGAAAGUCCUUGAGGAGGAGGCCAACCAUUUUGUGAAGGACCUCACUGACAUGCUGUCCUAUUGCCAGAGAUAUGUAUCUCAGAAGAAGUCCAACCUCACCCACUGGCACCCUGUCCUGGGCUGGUUCUCCCAAACUGUUGACUACGGUCUAAAUGAGUCAAUGCCGCUGGUGACUAAACAGCUCCAGUACCUUUGGGGUGUUUCUGUCAUUCGGACACUCUUCAAUGACGUCCUCUCUAAAAAGCUGGAGAGUCAGGAGCCCACUCCCCCGCCCCCGCAGCCCAGCACAUCACAAAACAAUCUCCCAGUGAAAAACCUCUUCAAGCGAGCGUUUCAGAAGUCGGCCUCCGUACGAAACAUCCUGAAACCAGUCGGAGGGAAGAGGGUUGACUCAGCUGAGGUUCAGAAGGUGUGCAGCAUCUGUGUGCUCUACCAGACUGCACUGUCUACAUUAACGCAGAUACGACUCCAGAUACUCACCGGCCUAACACAUCUUGAUGACCUUUUGCCCAAACUCUGGGCCUUCAUCUGUGAGCUUGGCCCUCAGGGCGGCCUCAAACUCUUCAUGGAGUGUCUGAACAAUGACACUGAAGAGUCCAAGCAGCUCCUGGCCAUGCUCGUGCUCUUCUGUGACUGCUCACGGCACCUUAUCACAAUUCUGGACGACAUUGAAGUCUAUGAAGAACAAACAUCUUUCAAGAUAGAGGAACUCAUCACCAUCUCUUCAUUUCUGAACACUUUUGUGUACAAGAUGGUAUGGGACGGCAUCUUAGAAAAUGCUAAGGGGGAGAAACUGGAGUUGUUCCACAGUGUUCAUGGCUGGUUGAUGGUGCUUUAUGAACGGGACUGCAGGCGACGAUUCACCCCCGACGACCACUGGCUGCGCAAGGACCUGAAGCCCAGUCUGUUGUUCCAAGAGCUGGAGAAAGGCAAGAAAAGAGCCCAGCUGUUACUGCAGUACAUCCCACAUGUCAUCCCGCACAAAAACAGGGUUCUGCUCUUCAGGAACAUCGUCACAAAGGAAAAGGAAAGUUUAGGGUUGAUAGAGACGAGCUCCGCUUCGCCUCACGUCACCCACAUCACCAUCCGUCGCUCGCGGAUGUUAGAGGAUGGAUAUGACCAGCUCCGCCGAUUACCAGCUAAUUCUAUCAAAGGCGUCAUUCGUGUGAAGUUUGUCAAUGAUCUGGGAGUCGACGAGGCUGGUAUCGAUCAGGAUGGUGUGUUCAAAGAGUUUCUAGAGGAGAUCAUUAAGAAAGUGUUCAAUCCUGCGCUCAACCUGUUCAAGACUACAAGUGGAAAUGAACGGCUGUAUCCUUCACCCACAUCGUACAUCCAUGAGAACCAUUUGCAGCUGUUUGAGUUUGUGGGGAAGAUGCUUGGGAAAGCCGUGUAUGAGGGCAUUGUCGUGGACGUCCCUUUUGCGUCCUUCUUCCUCAGUCAAGUACUGGGUCACCACCACAGCACUUUCUACAGCUCCAUCGACGAGCUGCCUUCGCUGGACUCUGAGUUUUACAAGAAUCUCACCUCCAUUAAGCGCUAUGAUGGAGAUGUAGGGGAUCUAGGACUGACGUUAUCCUAUGAUGAGGAUGUUAUGGGGCAGCUUGUCUGUCAUGAGCUGAUUCCUGGGGGGAAAACCAUGCCAGUCACAAAUGAAAAUAAGAUCAGCUACAUCCACCUCAUGGCCCACUUCCGGAUGCACACGCAGAUUAAGGAGCAGACGGCAGCUUUCAUUCGGGGCUUCCGCAGCAUCAUCAACCCAGAGUGGCUGCACAUGUUUUCCACGCCCGAGGUGCAGCGUCUCGUCUCGGGAGACAACGCUGAGAUCGAUCUGGACGACCUCAAGAAACACACCGUCUACUAUGGAGGUUUUCACAGCAGCCAUCGUGUCAUCAUCUGGCUGUGGGACAUCCUGUCAAGUGACUUCACCGCCGACGAGAGGGCUAUGUUCCUGAAGUUUGUUACCAGCUGCUCCAGGCCUCCUCUUCUGGGUUUUGCCUACCUCAAACCACCUUUCUCCAUCCGUUGUGUGGAAGUUUCAGACGACCAGGACACUGGAGACACUCUCGGCAGUGUUCUUAGAGGCUUUUUCACUAUUCGCAAGAAGGAGCCGGGCGGUCGACUUCCCACUUCAUCGACGUGCUUCAAUCUGCUCAAGCUGCCUAACUACAGCAAGAAGAGCAUCCUCCGCGACAAGCUACGCUACGCCAUCAGUAUGAACACAGGCUUCGAGCUCUCCUAACUCAGUUGCAUCUGGACAAUCUUCGCAGGAGGGUUGUGUUAAGCAGCCUGAAACAAGCACGAGGCUCUGCAUACCUGGAUUGGAGCCUGUCACAUCAAAGGAGCAUCAUGAAGGACCUACAAACUCUCCUUUUGUCUCUUUUAAAAACUGGAUGAGCCCUGCUCAGCUCAAGUCCACUCCCUCGCAUCGCAGUGGGGGAAGCUGUUUCUGCAGCACAAUCCAAUUUUUAGCAUCUCCCUUUGCCACUCCAAGUGUUCAAUAUGUCGUGUAUUUAACUUGAUGAAAUACAGAUAUACAGUGGCUAGAUCUCUGUUUCUCAGGCUUAACAGAAUCAUUCUCGGAUCUAACACUCCCAUUUUAAGCGAACUGGAAAGCAAUACAGGUGCAAUGCAAGCCAUUAGACACGUGGUCGACUCACUCGAGUGAAGCCAAGCGAUGCGUUGUUAAUAUACUUAAAAGCUCGGACUCCAUUAUCCGAGCAACUUUCAGCCGAUAUUGGAUGAGUCUUAAAUGUUUUGCUGAACGUAAUGCAUCUUUUACAAAUGGAAGACAAAUCGAUGUCUUGUGUUCAACCCCCAUGAAGGAGUGGCUCACAACGGUGAUCCUGUGUUUUAUUACAUUGUGUCCAAUUUUCCGAGGAAAAUCAUUUUGACCUCGCUCCGUUUCUCCGCAGUGAAAGACAGUUGACUGAGAGAGAGAUGUGUCGGCCCUCUGGUUUUCCUGAUCACACUACAUUUGGAAAUCUAACCUCCGUUCUGGUGAAGCAGCAGAAUUUCCUGACACGACAGGAAAAAAAUUUUUAAAAAAUCUGAUCCUGCUGGUGUUAGAUGUAGAAAAGAUGUCCUUGCUGAUUUGUCUUUUUGAAAAACUGUAAAUGUAUUUGUACUUGCCCUGUGCUUGACUUCCACUCCAACAAAAAAAAACAAAGAAAAGUCAAGUGAAUCAGUAAUAAUACUAGCAAAACGUAAGACUUCACACUACACCUUUGAAUAAUGCUGAGUGCCUCAUCUAACGCCACCCCACUCUUUGCUCUCACACGUCGAACUGUAACCAAUAAACAUGUAUAUUGGAAACAAGCCAUAGAAACGGGGGCUAUGUACCUGGACUUCUUUUCUGCUCCGACUAACAAAAAAAAGUGCAGAAUCCCGAACACUCAACUACAACUACAACAACUACAACCGAGGAGGGUUUUUACUCUGAUGCCCUCUGAUCUCUGUGGACAUUUUAAGCCAUGUGGAAAAGAUUUAGAGGUUUAAAGACCUCUCAACAUGAUGUCAUGGACCGGUUCGUCAACCAUGUGAGACUGCUUGAUUUUAAUGUCCGCUCGGACGGAAACGUUGCACACCUCUCUGCUGUUUAUUGUGACUGUUGAGGAAAGAGACAUGAGGGUGAAUGUUACCUUAUAAGCCUAAAUAUUACUUUACACAGGGUUCAAUUACAUCAUAAAAAGUAAACGAAAGUGACGUCGUAGUCAUGAACCAGAAAGAGGACUUUAAAAGAAAAGGUUUAAGGAAAAUUAUUAAAUGUGUACCAUGUUCUUUAAUAUGCAAAAAAAUGUUUUCUGUCACGAAGGACUGUGGAUACUUUUGUUUAUAAGAACAAUUGCCAGGUUUCUAGCUAGUCAUAUUACGGCCACUAACUUGUGUGAAAACAACAAAUAAGGAAUUACAAUUUUAAAUGCAACCAUUAUAUAUAAAUACAGAUAAAUGACACUGGUUGUGUUGAAUUAACAUACAGUCUACUAAUGAGAUUAAAAUAUUUAAUCAGUCAGGAGGAUCCUGCUUCGGUUCUCCUCCUUUUUCAAUCCGUUCAAGCAAGAAAAUCGUAAAAAAAAACAAAAAAACAAAACACAGUGAAAUGAACACAAACACACACUCUAUGCUGCAGUGUGUGUUCGUGUGCCGGAGGGAUGAAAGAUACCUCACAAGCUUGUCUGUCUCGUCUGAUGAGGUCGCUCAUCUGUUUCAAAAAUGAUGUCAAGAGUAGGCUUUAAAUGUACCAGUGGGCUGUUGAUGCUGACUUUGAAUAUCCACCAUUUUAGUACAAAAAAAAUAAAAUAAAAAUGAUA